UCUGUUCAUAUUUCUUAUUCCUAAAAGUUUUGAAUCUACUCCAGCAUUCAUUACUAUUUAAUACAUGCUUUGAAUCAUAAGAUCAAUUACUGAUUCUACAACUGCCUUCAAGGAAGAAAAACUAUAUGAGUGAAUACUUUCAAUACAUCUGAUGAAGUUGCUGUCUGACACUAACUUUUGUGUAAAUAAUAUAUGUUCCGUGGGCUCAUUUUGAAUACCUCAUCGUAAAAUACAUUCCAAUUUUCACAAUGAAAAUGGUAAAAAACGCACCGUUUAUUCAUAUUUCUUUGUUACUUUGGUGUAUAUUAGAUAUUAAUCUUAAGAUUUGCACUGGACAAAACAUUGACAAGGCACCUGUGAGGCUGGCUGUUCUGGCUCCUGGCGAUGAAACGCUACCUUUUGCUUUGCAUAAAGUAGUACCAGCUGUUAUAUAUGCUGUCCAGACACUGGCUAAACAAGGUGGACGGCCGAUAGAAGUUCUCCAUCGGGAUACUGAAUGUUCCUCUACUUACGGUCCACUGCAUGCAUUCGAGCUCUAUAACUCUGGGCUGGCUGAUGUUCUCUUGGGCCCCUUAUGUCCUUAUGUUCUUGCACCAGUUGCCAGGUAUUCAUCUGUGUGGGACUUGCCGAUCUUAACAGCAGCUGGACAAAAUGAUAACUUCGACAUCAAAGAGCCCCAUUACAGGUUAAUGACCAGAAUGAAUGGGUCUUAUUCCCAAAUCGGAAUAAUAUUCUUGCAAGUUCUCAAGAAGUUCAAUUGGAAAGUUGUUGCUCUGCUCUUUCAUAACUUUGAUGACCGCACUCUUGGAAACUCUGAUUGCUAUUUCACUCUUGGGGCCGUGUACACUGCUUUGGGAAGAAAGUCGUUUUACAAGGAUUUUGAUGAAACUCUCACCACAGUGAACUAUGAGGACAUGCUGAAAGAAGUUUCACAGUAUGCUAGAGGUAAAAUUUAUUUUUACAUAUAG